UUCAACUAUCCAACAAGUUGGCUUGUCUGACAGAGUGUUAGAAUUGCUAGGGAAGUUCUUGUCUAGAAAACCCAGUGAACUCAAGGCAAGAUAUGAAGAUCUUGUUAAGGACAAAAAGGAAUGCUCCUCAAAGAAUGAGAACAUCCAAGGGACUCUAAAUUUAUUUCUUGACAAAGAUCUUAAUGCUGCUCUAGAUUCUUUUGACAGCCUAUUUUGUCGUCGAUGCCUUGUUUUUGAUUGUAAAUCACAUGGAUGUUCACAGGAUCUGAUUUUCGCGGCUGAAAAACAAUUGCCAUGGUACUCUCCCGACGUGGAUAAGGAGCCCUGUUGUCCAAAUUGCUAUCGCCUGGCCAUCACGAAGGAAAGAAAAGCUGGACUGACCUCUCCUCAGUUUGCUAAUCAUGGAGAAAACAGUGUCCGACCAUCUGAAAUUGCUAACAAUGCUCAGGUGCCUGGUAGGAAGCAGCUAUCAUGGAGAUCAAAGUCUUGCCAAAGCAGAAGUGUUUCAUCGAAUGCAAAGAAUAUCUCUGAAAACAGCGAUUCAGAGAUUAGGCUGUUAGGUGACAUCCUUACUGUUCACCGUUCUGCUUCUCCAUCUAACAAAAAAUCUGAUAGUAAAGGGGGGAGCACAAAAACAAAAUGGAAGAGAAUAGCUGAAGAUGCUCUAGUUGCUGCCAAAAAGCAGCAUAUAGAAAUAACGGCUGUGGAGUCUCCGGUGUCUAUAGACUUGAAUAUCAAGUCUAAUUCACAUAAGAAUGUCAAAAAUGUUGGUUCAUCUUCACAAAAAAGCCGACAAUCUGAUAGUGGUAGAAGGUCUAGGAGGGAAGGCUCUCCAGUUUUGGCCAUUAAAAAUUCUUUGCAAGGGGAGGGCUUCAGUUGCCAAUAUAAAGAGGCUGCCAGCGAAAAACAUGUGAUGAAUUAUGACGACGCAUUGAGGAAGAAUGAUUUUGUAGAUGAGAUUCAUGAGAAUAACUGCAGACAAGAAAUAGAUGGUGACAAACCAUGGAGACCACUUGAAAAGGCUCUCUUUGAAAAAGGUCUGGAAAUGUUUGGUCAGAGCAGCUGUAUGAUUGCCCGAAAUCUGCUGAAUGGUUUAAAAACUUGUUGGGAGGUGUUCCAGUAUAUGAACAAUUCUGAGAAUAAGCUAUUACUAGUAAGUGAGGGGGUGAAUGGAAUGUUGGAAGGCUCUUUCAAAAGUGACGGUCAUACAAUCAUGGGUAAUCAACCACGGAGAAGAUCUAGAUUCUUACGUAGAAGAGGUAGAGCUCGGGCCUUAAAAUACACAGGGAAAUCAACUGGAUAUCAUGCACUUAGGAAACGAAUAUCUGUGAGGAAGGAUCAGCUUUGUCCUCAGUAUAGUCCGUGUAAUUGUCAAGCACCUUGUGGAAAAGAGUGUCCCUGUAUCGCAAAUGGGACCCUCUGUGAAAAAUACUGCGG